AUGGACUGGGAGGACAAUAUGGGAAGAAAGCUGCGACAUUGGCUGAUUUUCCUUAUCAUUAUUCUGAAAGAGCCACAUAUGCGAGUCAACGGUGACUGCAACUGUUCAGGAUGGGCAUAUAUAUGCAAAUGCAAAGGGAUGGGUUUAAAAAGCAUUCCUCAGAACCUACCAGCGACCUUCAUGACUGUAUUAGAUUUGAGCAAUAACCAGAUACCAACUUUAAAUCAUUCAGCGCUCGGCAUGUUGAAGAGACUGAACGAUCUAAAGCUUCAUACUCUGCAUUUGUCCGUCAACAAAAUAACAAGCAUCACCACUGGGGCAUUAUCAAAUCUACCCGGGCUCAGCGCCUUGCGCCUGAUUGGCAACCAAAUAACAAGCAUUGAACUUGGCAUUGCGUCGGGUACUUUCUCAGGCCUUCCCCAUCUCCAGGACUUGACACUGAGUUACAACCAAAUAACUAGCAUUAAUCCACAUGCAUUCUCAAAUCUGACCCGAUUUCAAAGGCUUUAUCUGAGCAACAACCAGAUUUGGGCGAACGCGAUAGUUGGGAAAGGGUACAGAGGGAGACUGGAGAACGAAGACCUCUACCCACUUAAAGACAAGGAUACCUCCCUGGUAGUUACCAAUGAGUUCCGACCGUAUUGGGAAAGAGAACUAAAGAAGUCAACACCCAAGAAACCCCCAAGCUUAUCAAAAGCAAUCAUCAGAUGCUAUGGCUUGCGAUAUUUCCUGGUCGGAUUUGUAAAGCUUUUCGAUGAUACCUUAACGUUGGUUAAGCCUAUUCUCAUCGGCUACAUCAUUAAGUACUUCGAGCCCAGUAGCGGCAUGACCCUGACCGAUGCCUACAUGUACGCUGGGAUUCUUGCUGGUCUGCAGGUUUUCCAAGUCAUCAUCGGCUACUACGAAUGGCCUGCCACCUUGUUUGCGAUUAAGCACGGGCGGCCUCUCAAAGACCUCAACGGGCCAAGUCAGCAACAUUCUUGCCGACGAUGUGCACGCCUUCAAGAAGUUCUGCUAAAACAGAGAAAUGGGUGA